AUGCUGGGCGUAGCAGUGCAGCUCUCAAUCCUGCUCGGCCUCUUCGGCUUUGGGAAAGGCCAGAUGUUUCACAUGGGACCAUGCCCAGAUCCACCAGUCCAAGAAAACUUCAAUAUCAACAAGUAUUUGGGGAAAUGGUACGAGAUAGAGAAGCUACCCUCAAGUUUCGAGAAAGGAAGCUGCAUCCAGGCAAAUUACUCAUUGAAGGAGAACGGGAAGUUCAAGGUGAUCAACAAGGAGCUGCUGUAA